ACCAGAGGAAGAAGAAGACGACGUGAAGGGAGUUCCUUCCUGAGAAAUUGCGAUCAAAGUACAAAUUUGGCGAAGAAGAAGAACAAGAAGCGCUUUCUCUUCCUCAGAUAGCUCGAUGUUCGUCUUCUCUAUUAAGUUCAUCUUCGCUCUCUCUUCCUCUCUUGGAAUGUAGCCGACAAUCGAAAUGGAGAAACUGAAAUCUCUACAAGCUUCAUUAUCAGCUACCUUACUUCCAUUUUUACUAUUCUCCAUCUAUCUAUUCUCAAACCCAUCAAAUGUAGAGGGUUUUGGUUUGCUAAGAAAUCGACUCAGAGGCAAGGUUGUCUUCCAUGUCGACGAUUACGGCGCUAAAGGGGAUGGAUUUCAUGAUGAUACUAAGGCUAUCAAAGAUGUUUGGGAGAAGGCUUGUUUAUUCCCAACUACAUUAAAAGUUUUGAUUAAUUUUCCACCUGAGAAAACAUAUCUUGUUCAUCCUAUAAAUUUCACUGGUCCUUGUCUACCGAAGUUGACAUUAAAGAUUAGAGGUGCUAUCAUUGCUCCUAUUGAUCCUGAUGCUUGGGAAGGACUUAAUCCACGCAGAUGGCUCUAUUUUCAUGAGAUAGAUCAUUUGUCAAUUGAAGGAGGAGGAGCAAUCGAUGGUAGGGGUCACGGAUGGUGGGAUCGUUCUUGCAAGAGGAAUACAUCGAGGCCAUGCGAACAUGCUCCAACGGCAUUAACUUUUCAUCAUUGCAACUACUUGAAAAUUAAGGAAUUGGUGAUGAUAAACAGCCAACAAAUGCAUUUGGCAUUUACAAAUUGCAUACAUGUAUUAGCAUCACAAUUAAAGGUUAUAGCUCCAGCUACUAGUCCAAAUACAGAUGGGAUUCACAUAAGCUCAUCCGUAAAUGUGCAAGUCUUGAAUAGUUUAGUUGAAACAGGGGAUGACUGCAUCUCUAUAGUUGGAAACUCUACAUUUAUAGUGAUCAAAAACUUAGUUUGUGGUCCAGGCCAUGGGAUUAGCAUUGGAAGCUUGGGAAAAAAUGAAUCACUCGUACAAGUUCGUGAUGUAAUGGUUGAUGGGGCGUUUCUUUCCCAUACAAAAAAUGGGUUGAGAAUCAAAACAUGGCAGGGUGGUUCUGGUUUCGCAAGCAAUAUAACUUUCCAGAAUAUUUAUAUGGAAAACGUAUCGCAUCCAAUAAUCAUAGACCAGUAUUACUGCGAUUCGCUUGAUCCAUGUUUGAAUGAGACAUCGGCUGUUCAAGUGAAAGAUGUUUCGUUUUAUACCAUAAGAGGGACCUCGGCUACAAAAGAUGCUAUGUUGUUCUCCUGCAGUGAUUUAUUUCCAUGUAAAAACUUGUAUCUCGAAGAUAUCCAGCUUGUUCGAUACAAUGGUGGGUUGAUAACAUCUUCUUGUUGGCAAGCCGAGGUCCUGAGUUCUAGUCUCGUUUAUCCCCCGGCUUGUUUCUCGUCUGGAGAAACCUUAAUUUCGCUUAAAGAUGAUCAUAAUUCCACUGCAUCUCUUCAAUCAACUUAAAACUUAUACUAGAAUUACAAAUUUUGUUUUCUUCCCAGAUUUGUGUAUGUGUAAUCACGUCUUUGCUGAUUUUUCCACAAUGGAUUGAAUAAAAUUAUUUAAAUGAUA